AUGAUGCUGUGGUCACGACUGGCUUUUGAGAGGCGUGUUGUGAUUGGUCAGUACAAGGUUGAUCCCCCAUUUGUCUUGGCUACGGCGGUAUUAGAGGGCAUCCAGUUGAAUCAUUUUACAUUCUGGCCGAAGCUGCUGCUGUUGCUUGUCAUUCUACUCAAUGACCCCUCAUCCUCCGCCUCGGGGUCAAAUGGUCAAGCUCUGUUCCAGUCCUUCGAUGUGAUUACCCACCGGGCGAUGGGGAAGGCCACCCUUCUACAGAUUCUGGGACUGAAGUCCCUCCCUCGGCCUGUGGGGAGGAGUAAGAUUCCUCCAUUCAUGCACAGUGUCUUUAGAAAGCAGACAGUGGGAGGAUCAAAAGUAGACAACGACACCAUCAGAAGCUUCUACCCUCACGACCACCAUGCCUGCGACUGUGCCCCUAGUUCGUGUGUGUGUAUGCUGUUUAACAUCUCGGCGAUCCCAGACACAGAGCAAGUCCGUGCUGCAAAGUUGCGGAUACUUGUGGACGGUGGCGCCACACCACAGCAGCCGCCUGCGAACCUCACAGUCGAGAUACACCAGAUACAACACCACGGUGCGGAAAUAAAAUAUCGACUCAUGGACACGCAAAUAAUUAGCACCUCAAACACAUCGUGGAUGAUUUUUAAUGUCAAGCCUGCAGUCAAGAAAUGGAAGCGAGGCUCUCGCUACAACCACGGCCUUCAGGUCAAGGUCGUGUCCUCAAGCCCCUUCCGGUCCGCGACCCAACACGUGCGACUAAAGAGAAGAGAGGACCAAACAGAGGACCAGUGGUUGAAGGAGCGCCCUCUACUUGUUACCUUCACGAACGAUGGACGAGGCGGUCGCCGCGGUAGAAGACGUAGAACCAUGAAGGAGGCAAGAGGCGAGAGGUAUAAAGACCGUCCACGCGUCAUCACACGCACCACCAUCAGCAGCCACUGCCGCCGCCACCGGAUGUACAUCGACUUCAGCGAGCUGGGGUGGAGUGACUGGGUGGCUGCACCCUAUGGAUACAAUGCGUAUUAUUGUGGCGGCGAGUGUAGCUACCCUCUGGCCUCCCACCAGAGCCCCACCAACCACUCCAUCCUGCAGACGUUGGUGAAGUCCAUCAACCCUCGUGCGGCAUCCAACGUGUGCUGCGUGCCGACAAAGCUGUCGGCCAUCACGAUGUUGGUGCGGGAUGGACAGAACCAUGUUGUCCUUAAAAAAUUGGAAAACAUGGUGGUGGAGGAGUGUGGGUGCAGGUAG